GCGCUCCCGCUUGCCAAGUGCCCAGUUCACUCGCGGGCCGCAAUUAAUCUGGCACGGACUCAUUGCCUCCUAGCGCUUUCUCGUUUGCAAGAGCUAUGUGCUGCUCUGUUGCUCGCCUUGCCCAACGGUGCAUGUCACAUAUAUCAUUUCGCGCAUUUCUAUUCACGACCACCUCCAAACUUUCACCUGCCUUCUCCCCUCUUCGGUUCUCCUUUUUCUUGGCUCCCCACAGCCGUCCGUCUCCUAGGCGCCGUCAGAGUGGUCGAGGGCGACGUGUGGGACCCCAACCUGCUCAAUUCCACCUCGAAGGAAUUUCGCAUCAAGUCGGCCAAGUAUGCCAACAUGCUCGAAGCAGCAUGCAGGAAGUCACCGCGGCUCAACAGUUCUUUGAGCAAAGUCACUAUCUACGCUUUCCGACGAGGGAGCCUCAUCGUGCUGUUCGAGGUCGAGGUCGACAAGCGCCACACGCCCGCCGUCGCCGACCUGGAGAGCGAGUUCCGGGAGACGCUACGGCGUGAAGCCGAGAAGGGACCCCGAGGCGCGUUCGGCCGGCUCAAGAUCGACUGGAACGCCAUACAGAUGACGGGUGAGCACCGAGACACGCACCGCCGCCGCCGUUCGACCGCCUUUCCUGCGAAGCAAAUGCCCGAAAACAGUUUGCUCCGUCCGGGUAGCUCCGUCGACGAAGAGAGCACAAUGGGCAGCAGCGCUACGGUGGACUACUACGACCGGGGCGGCGAUCAGGAGCAGCAGGAUUCAGACCAGUGGAUCAACCAGCACAGUCAGGAUCCGAGCGAUUAUUUCGCGCAACACGACAACGAAAGUUCGCCAGGGGCCGCCACCAGCGCGGACUCUUGGCAGCCCUUCUUUCCAGAACAGACAGAGGGCGGCGAGCGGCCGGAAGGCGAGGUCGGCGAAGUCACGUGGGAGACCGCUCCCGAGCUGUCCGAAGACGACGAUUCUCACUACGAUGUCGCGCACGAUCGUCCAGAAUCCAGCUCGAGUCAACAGCAUCAGGGAGGUCACGCCGCCGCUGCCGUUAACGAGAACGGAAGCGCAGUCGAGACGACCGUCACGGAGCCCGUAGACACGACGGAAGAAAGGUACCCGCACGUCACCGACGCGUCGCCGCCAACGGGGACACCGCGCCCCGUUGCAACUAGUCAGGAUAUGCUUACGCAUAAGCACGGCUCGGAACUGACCGAACUUACCGUGGGAGCUGGAGUCGUAGUCAAGGCCAACGGAAACCCGGCGCAUGCGUCCACAAGAAACGCCACUAAGGCAAUACCCGUUAGGCCUCUCCUUGUGAGCUCCAAAGACGGGCAGGAGUCAUCGUCUCCGUCGGUUUCUGUUGAGGGUCCCAACGUCGCAAGCUCCACUACCUCACCACCCGUGCGAAAACCGGUGUUGCACACGCAAGUGAGCGGGACUGCUGUUUCUCUCGCAAACGGUGAAUCAAGCGCCGAGGGUCCUCCUGUUUGGCGGCCGUACAAACCACUAUCCUCCUCGGAAAUCAGAGUGGGCGGAACGCCGUCAAGUAAGCCGACUGAAGGGAGUUCCGAAAAACCGACGCAGGGUAUCGGGCAAGCCUGGCAGAUACACUUAGACGAUCCGAGUACCCACGCAGGACCCGGCAUGGCGUUGAAUUACGGAGCGAGACCCUCCCAGACGGCGACGAACGUCGGCUCCACGCACGAGUCUUCGGCAACGAAGAUGCGUGACAAGACACUGGCUUCCGGUAUCUCGUUGUCCGUGGGGACCGGUCUCUCAGUUCACCAACAGCCGUCCGUCCAGAAGAACAAUCACAGGAAAGAAGUGACAACACCCAAGCCUACCACGUCGACCACAGAGUUCCAGAUCGGCGUGGGUCUCUUCGUGCGGCCACCCGUCGUCAGCGGCAGCGACAAAAGCCAAGGAACUCGCGUGCAGCAGACCACAAAGAAACCAGAGCCACAGUUCAUCGACCUUACUGCGGGCCUAGAUGGUCUCCCAACGAAAGACAAGGGCCAUAACCCAGCCAACCCAGUACCACCGGAGAGACCUGCGCCAGGACCGGCUUCGGAACCUUCCUGGCGUCCAGGGACAGCGCCACCUCCUAGCAUAGUUUCAGCACCGGCUCCCGAGAUCGCGUCCAAGCCGGUACGAAAGCCCGCGUCAGAAUACUCAGAAUUUGAAGCUGUUCUUCCUCCCAGUGGACCUGUUGUUGUCCAUCAAGACAGAAACAAUGAAAGCGCAUUCAUUCCGAUAGUCCAUCAGGGCACAAAUAGAACUACAUUCAUUCCUGUAGCCCACCAAAACACAAAUAAUGAAACUUCUUUCGUUGCGGUAGUUCAUCCGGACAGAGACAGCGAAACUAAAUUCAUUCCGGCCGUCCACCAAGACGGAAGCAAUCAAACUGCUUUCAGUCUUGCCGGAGGGAUGCGCGAGGGACAUGAACUCAAGAACCCCGAGAUGAACAUCACUUCCAUCUCCAUUUAUCAGACGGUGAGCACCAGCAGCGGAGACCACUCCGAGGUGCACUCGGUCAUCUACUCGGGCGGACAGAACUCCGGUGGCAUCGCCAAGUUCAUCUCCGGCGACUUGCCUUCCAAGCCCGGCGCGUACGACUCCAAGUACACGCCCAAUGACGAGAAAGGUACCGACUUCUACGACAAAGGCAGCAAGAACGGCGAUAAGUUUGGCUACCGGCCUCCGUCGACCACGGCCAGUCCCGCGCUGAAGGUGGUCACGCGCGUGUCAUACAGCGUGGUCACCAACGCGCCCCUCACCAAGGAGUCCGUGCACGAAAACGACAUCACCAAGCACGGAGAAGGCAACGGGCUCAGCGGCGACUCCGCAGCGGACCACACGUCCACCACACCCCUCGUCGUGCCGACGACGUCGAAGCGCGACUGCGACUACCUGAAAGAGAUCAAGUGCAAGAGUGGCGAGUGCGUACCCCACUCGGCGCUGUGUGAUCGCCGCCUCGACUGCCGGGACGGCUCGGACGAGCGCAACUGCUCUUGCAAGGAUUACCUCAAGCACGAACAGUUGCAGCACAAAGUUUGCGAUGGCAUUCUCGACUGUUGGGACUUGGCGGACGAAAUUCAUUGUCCCUGGUGCAGUCCCGAGAUGUUCGUGUGCCCCGGAGCCAAGCAGUGCAUACCUCAGCACAAAGUGUGCGACGGCCAUCACGACUGCCCCUACGGACUGGACGAAGUUCAGUGCGUGGGUCUGGUGGACGAAGAGGAAGAGGCCACGUCCAUGUCCUCGGGCCAGGGCUACCUGCAGCUGAAGCGCAACGGCAUCUGGGGAAAGCUGUGUGUCGACCGGUUCCCGCGGUACCUGAGCAACGGCACCUGGUCCCUCGGGGAGAUCGGACACGCGGCCUGCAACACCCUUUCUUACAGGAAAGUGCUCGCCAUACGGAGAUCGAAGGACAAGAAGCACGACGACGGCAGCCGUUACUUUGAGAUGAGACACGAAGAUGACGAGAAGUCGAACAUCGCUCUCAUGUACAAGGAGACGGACUGCCCGAGGAAAGAGGUGCUACACAUCAAGUGCUCAACUCUUGAGUGCGGCAUCCGCCCGCUGGGCACGUCGCUGCGGCAGCGCAUCGUGGGCGGCCACAGCUCGGCUCCGGGAUCCUGGCCCUGGCAGGUGGCGCUGUACAAGGAGGGCGAGUUCCAGUGCGGGGCUGCACUCGUCAGUGACCGCUGGCUCGUCACUGCAGGACACUGCUUCUACAACACGCUGACGUCCCACUGGGUGGCACGGAUGGGCAUGCUUCGUCGCGGCACCGAGAUGCCUUCCCCAUUCGAGGUGGUGGCAAGCAUCUCGCACGUCGUCAUCCACCCGGAGUACGUGGACAAGGGCUUCGCCAACGACAUCGCGCUGCUCAAGCUGGACAAGCCCGUAGACUUCAGUGAUUACAUUCGACCCAUCUGCUUGCCGAGCGACGGUGAGACGGAGAGGCCGAGACACACAUCGUUCUGCGUGGCCGUCGGAUGGGGAAAGCUGCUCGAAGUGGGACGCCUGUUCCCGGACACGCUGCAGGAGGUGCCGUUACCGGUGCUGACGACCGAGGAGUGCCGCCGGAGGACGCUCUUCCUACCGCUGUACAACAUCACGGAGAACAUGUUCUGCGCCGGAUACGAGAGGGGAGGCAGGGAUGCCUGUCUGGGGGACUCUGGAGGACCGCUCAUGUGCCAGAAGGUGGACGGCCGGUGGUCGCUGGUCGGGGUGACCAGCAAUGGCGACGGUUGCGGACGUCCGGGCAGGCCCGGCGUCUACACCAAAGUGAUGCGCUACUUGCCCUGGAUUCACAACACCAUGGAGAGCAAUCCGUCACCCAAGCCACCGAGCGUGUGCAAGGGGGUGCGCUGCCGUCUCGGACGUUGCAUCACCCAGGAACAUCUGUGCGACGGCACCAAGGACUGCUUCGACGGUCGCGACGAGGAGGACUGCCCCAUCGGCAGCGGCUGAAGUCGUCGAUCGCCAUCGAGUAGCACCCUGUGUUCGACCGUCGUGGUUUCGUUGCAAGGGCUCUUGCUUUUUUUGGCCAAACUUGCACUGUGAUAGAUACACCCCCCUCCCCCUUUCUUUCUUUUCUUUUUUUUUUUAUUCCAGAACUCCCGUGUUGUGUGCCGUCGUGUAUAGUCCUCGUUCCAGUCUUCGUCGUCCGUGGGCAUUGUGUGUCUUCGGUGUCGCGUCCCCGCGUCGUGGUAUUACUACAAUAGUACGGGCGUCCACACUUUUGCCCAGAAAACGCUUGGACUGUGCGCUAAAGAGCAAGUAAAUCGAUAUAUUUACGCUGCUGCUUGGUUUACGAGGCAUUAGAGAGUCUUUGCGUACCGCUACCGCACUACCGAAACCGUUCCUGCAACCUGCGAGUUUUGAACGUACCGUAUAACUAAGCUACGACAGCUGCACGACUUAGCUAUGCAGAUAUGUGACAGGUUGCGGAGAGAGUGAAGGUGGAACGCUAACGGUAUGCUAAAGCUCACUAAUGCUUUUGAGCAGCGCUAACCACAUGGACGUGGUGGCCACAUAGUAUUCACUCCGGUACCUCGAACCUCCUGUGCUACUUGUUUUGCAGCGCAGAGCUCCGGCGUUUUCUACAAAACAUUCGUGGAUGUCCGUAUGCACUUGUGUGUCAGGAAAACAUCGUGCUACUCGGUGCCAACUGCUGCAGGAACGCUCACGAAAAGAAAAAAUAGAGUGCGCGACCUCAGCCCGUAUACCCCACCUGAAGGCUUUCUGCGUGUGUGUUGUGGGAGAUUUCUCCAAAGGGACCGACGAUAUCGAGGGUACGAGGGGGCACCGUACGUUUUCCCAAGUGCGAGUCAUCACCACCUCUCAUUCUGUGCGUCAAAGCUAAUUCAGUGUCAGCAUGAUCUCCGCUCUAACGUACGUACACGUGUGAUGCCGGGUAACUAUAUACACUGCGCUAUACUAACUGUACCGCAUUGUUCGGCGAAGCCAAGCGUAGUAACGCGUUUUAGGCUGCGCGAGUACGCUCGAAAGCUAAAAGUUGUGCGCGGCGGGAAUGGUGCGCGAUUAACCAAUGUUGUAACAGCUUGUUUUAACAGCUUUAACAGCUGUCGUAACAGCUUAGAAACAAAUUGUGCGCGGUCCGGUUCAAACGAUCUUUUGAACGCAUCAUCUGAAAGUCGCUAACUUGAAAUCGUGUCGUGUUACAUGCACGACGCCAGUACGUCCCGCUUCCCCCCUAAUCCAUCAUGACAUAUUGUGUGGCCAGGCGAUAGCAUAGCCACCCGCACAUCUUCACAGGUCGCCACAUGCCCCUUGCUAUAUAUAGCGUCCUGCCGAAAGGCGUCACCGCUAACUCCACAUGUGCAUCGUUUACAACGCUCGCUGAACGCAUCAUUCACAUAACACUUGUGUCGAACACGGCAAACUCAUCUUCGAGAGCAGCUAAACAAGGUAGGGAAGCGCAGAGCUCAAUGAACAAAAAAAAAAAAAAACAUCACGUUGCAUUCCAUAUCGCUUUCCCUCUAGUCAGCCCGGGGCAACCCACUCAAACUUAAUCACUAGGCUCACGUAAUUUAUGUGUUCACCUUUCAAUUAAAUGGUCCGCGUAAAGGUAUGAAUGUGUUUUGUAUGUUUCUGGUGUCGCCGUGAUGUGUUUGAAUAAAGCAAAAAUGUGGUGACUGCCAA